UGUUAGCAGAAAGGAGCAAUAGACGCAAGAUGAAACCCAGUUUGACAAUUUGAGAAGUAGGCUACUUGUAGGGCUCGAUCGUAAACAUUCUGCGAGGGAAGUGAAAACAUUAGGGCAAACUUGAGGCAAUAACGUUCAUGGGCAUUAUCGUUAACUGGAAUCUUGUCUCAGACGUUUUAAACAAAGAGACGCAUCGAUUUGUUCGUUCAUGAACUCAUUUGGAACUAAUUAAACCUGAACAGCGUUUUAAGUCAACAAUUGCAUCUUGAUCUCCAGUGACUGCAAUAUCAUAGUCUUAAAUAACGGCACGCGACUCUUGGCAUGACUUAUAGCCUGCAUGACUUACGACUUCGCGUGGCUUAUGGCGUGCAUGACUUUAAUGUCCUAGUGAAUGUAGCUCUCCGAUGAAGAGGUUUAAAUUUAAAUGUGUUCAAAACGAAAGUGAUCAAGUUUAAUAAGGCGGAAGUCUUACAAGACACAGUAAGUGUUGCGUGUUGUGUGUGGUGAAUUUGGAUACUUAUUCUUUAUUUCGUCACGUCCAAGCGUUAUGGACAUCAAGAUGGAUGUUGGACCUUGAUCGUUUGAAGCCCCUUGGCCGAAAAACAAUUGGGUUCAUACUUUAUGGCUGCCGAAAUACAAACUACCUAUGUCUAGUCAGACAAGUUGUAAUUCAUUGCUUCCGUUGACAUUUUAUGACCAUGAACAAAAUAGACAAAAUUAAUAAAACAAUUUGUAGAAAAAUUGUUAAAGAAACAUUUAUAAAAAAUAAAAAUGCAAAAUAAUUUUUAAAUACCAUCGUUUUCAUAAAUAUAAUUAGAUUCAGGUAAUUAUUAUUAUUUUUUUUGAAAGAGAACAUUUAAUAUUUUUGUUCUCCUGAUCUAGAUCUAUCAAAGAGAAUUCUUUAGAUAUCCAUAAUAAUCAUUGUUGGCGUUGAAAAAAUACAACUUUUCUGGCAAUACUUUAUAAGACACUUAUUUAGUAUUUUAUUUUGUCUAUGCGGCAGUCUAUGUGAUUGACAACAUUUCUAUGAAACUCGACGUGUCACAAACUCUGAAGAUGAGUUCUUACUACUCAAGCAUGAUGCAGCCGCCCGGAAAUAUCUCCCCGAAUGUCCUUUCCAGCAGCUGCAGUGCCGGUUUGAGCAGUAUGGACAGUGGUGCUUUAGGGAAUGACAUGGAGUCCAGCAACAUGUUUUCCGACCAUUGUGGAAAGUACGACAACACUUACAUAUCAUCUUCUUGCUUGGCACAGAGCUCUGGUCACAUGGGGCAAAUAUCUUACGAUACAUAUUCUCCAUGCUAUUCGCCUUCGUAUCUAAGGUACUCAUACGACUCCAGGGUUGAGAAUCGAACCCCGAACUUGCAAGAUAAUGUAGGUAUAAACUUGAAAAACCUCGAGCAUGACUCUCACGAUGUCCAGCCUCCCUUAGCUCAUCAGCUGCACCAACCACAACACCAUCAGCAGCACGGCAUACAAGUCAGCUGUCAUCAGCCGAGCCACCACCAAGAAGAAAUCCCAGAAAACCGGCACAUAGACACUCAGCAACAACAGACCACUCUCCAACCUCGGGGACUUGAACACUGUUCGCAACAUCUUCAACAACAAACUCCACCGACAAUACAUUCUUUGACUCCUCCGGUCGCCCACCAAUAUCCUCAUUAUCCUAUGAAUGGGGCGCCAAGCGCCCCAAAUCAACAGGACAUGUAUUACGAUAAUAGGAUGUUUGAAUGUAAGGGCAUGAUGCCCGAUAUCUGCCCUAGUCAACACGUCUCAUCGUAUUAUUAUCCACAACAAGGCAUGCCCGAUCCCAGCCUGUCACCCAAUGGAUAUAAUCCGGGCAUGCCUAAUUCAGCAUGUAUGCCUGGUAUGGGCUCCCCAAAUAUGCCUAUGUAUCCAUGGAUGAGGCCAGCAACCAGUGCGGAAGUUCAUUUUGAGCAGAAGCGAACACGCCAGACGUACACCCGCUACCAGACACUGGAGCUAGAAAAAGAGUUCCACUUUAACCGGUACCUGACAAGACGUAGGCGAAUAGAAAUAGCUCACAUGUUGGGGCUCACUGAGCGGCAAAUCAAGAUCUGGUUCCAGAACAGACGUAUGAAAUGGAAGAAAGAAAAUAACCUGGCCAAGCUGACCGGCCCUGACAAGCCAAUCAAAGACGAGUGCAGUAGCCCACGUGACUGCUCGAGAAUCAAACACGAGGACUGUUCGUCUCUAGAUUCACAGUAGAUCCGCGUCUAUUUCUUAGAAUAGAGAAAAAACUGGGACCAAAUUUUAAUGACGUGAUUGAAUGUCAAGGCAGACUACAGACUAUACCAGUCAGAAACAAGACAAUACAUGGCAUUCGAGUGUUUGUCAUUAAAUCUGUAACAUUUUUUUAAACUGUAAUAACCAAAAGAACAAAAAAAUGGUAGCACUUGUCAGCAAUAUCCGUAUUCCCCCCCCCCCCCCCCAUUUAAUUGUAG